UAGGAGUGAUGGCGCUGGGUAAUGUAUCACAGUAAUGUAUGUAGUAAUGUAAUGUAGUAAUGUAUCAUAGCGUUUCAGGUAUGAAAAGAGCUUUAUGGAGGGGAUGAUACUGAAAUGUGUGGUAUGCGGGAGAGAUCCUACAGUUAGUGCAGUGACUCAGGCUGCAUGUAUUACUGUGAUUAGCUGAGCUACUGCAGUGUGGCAAGAGGGAGAAAAAGCAAGAGAGAGGGUGAGAAAUGGUGAGAGAGAGAGUAUGUCUGUUCUAUCGUGUUUUCACUGGUCUACUGCAUUACUAUAGGAUGCAGUUUCCCUCUCUCCUUUCCUCCACUUGUUCUCUCUCUCCUCAACUCUAUCACUCUGUUUGCUAAUCUUCACUCGCUCUCACUGCUCAAACCUUUCUCUCUUGCCGAAGCUCUUCUCUUCCUCAGUGAAGAUGACAACCCCAGUUUUGAUGAUCCAGCGAGUCCUUCGCACUGGCCGGUGGCUGCCCAGCAAGACCCCACAUGAUCGGGCUUUCUGGGGGAGGAUGUGUCCCCUCUGAGGUGAAUCUUCAGUAAGGCACUGAGAGCACUGGCCAGGUCUGAAUUAGCGGCUACAGCCUUCAGCUCUCUAGAUAAGACCUGUUCCGUAGAAACAAACUCAUACACUAAAUACAAAGGACAUUGUGAGACCCAGGACAAGUCACAGAUGGAACAGGAGAUCUCUCUGGUCCAGAGUAAGAUGUCUGAUCUGGAGUCAGUGCUGCAGCAGAAGGAUGUGGAGCUGAAAGCCUCGGAGACCCAGAGGACCAUCCUGGAGCAAGACCUGGCUACCUAUAUCACAGAGUGCACCGUGAGUGGGCCAACAUCCAGUAGUCUGAAGCUCAGUCUGGAGCAGGCCCGAAUGGAGGUUUCCCAGGAAGAUGACAAGGCAUUGCAGCUCCUCCACGGCAUCAGGGAGCAGAGCAACAAAUUGCAGGAGAUUAAAGAACAGGAGUACCACGCUCAGCUGGAGGAGAUGCGUGUGGCCAUCAGGCAGCUGGAGGAGGAUCUGUCGGCUGCCCGUCGCCGUAGCGACCUUUACGAGUCGGAACUGAAGGAGUCCCGUCAGACCACCGAGGAUCUGAAGAGGAAGGCUGCCGACUAUCAGCAGAAGAUGCAGAGGGCAAAGGAACAAGGGAAGACUGAUACGGAGGAGCUGCUGUCCAAGCUGGAGAAGACCAAUACUGAACAGCAAGCAAAAAUUCAGGAUCUCCAAGAUAAGCUUGCCAAGGCCGUUAAGGCUAGCAGCGAGGCCACAGAUCUCCUCCAUAGUAUCCGGGUGGCUAAGGAGCGGAUGGAGCGUGAGCUGGAGAGGCUGCAGACCAAGGAGGAGUCCAGCGACAGUCUCCGCAGACGCCUGAGAGAGACAGAGGAUGGCAGGAAGACCCUGGAGAACCAGGUGAAGAGGCUGGAGAUAGUGGAGCGCAGGGAGAUUAAGUUGAAGGAGGACAUCCAGGCCAAGGCCCAGCACAUCCAACAGAUGGGGGAUAAAAUCAUGGAACUGGAGGAGAGUCUGCGCGAGAGCCAAUCCACAGCCCAACGAGUGGAAACACACCUGGAGCAGAAGGAGAAACUCUAUGAAGAGAAAAUCAAGGUUCUGGAGAACCAGAUGAAGGCAGACAUGGCAGAUAAGGAGAUGCUGGAAUCUAGUCAGAGCAAAUAUGAAGAAGAGGUCCAGGAAAAAUGCAGCAUCAUCAGUGAUCAGAAGGCGACCAUCAAUGCCAUGGACUCUAAGAUGGCCAGUCUGGAGCAAAGAAUAGCUGAGCUGUCUGAGGCCAACAAACUGGCAGCCAACAGCAGCAUCUACACCCAGAAGAACAUGAAAGCUCAGGAGGAGAUGAUCUCAGAGCUGAGGCAGCAGAAGUUCUACCUGGAGUCCCAGGCAGGGAAACUGGAGGCCCAGAAUGCUAAGCUGGAGGAACAUCUGGAGAAGAUGAGCCAGCAGGAGCAGAGCCACAAGAGCCGAGUGGUGGAGCUGGAGACCAGGCUGAGAGAGACGGGCCUGGAGCAGGAGGAGCAGAAGCUGGAGCUCAAGCGCCAGGUGACGGAGCUGACUCUGUCGCUGCAGGAGAGGGCGUCUCAGAUCAGCGGGCUCCAGGCGGCGCGCCACUCCCUGGAGAGUCAGCUUCAGCAGGCCAAGUCGGAGCUGGAGGACACCACGGCGGAGGCUGAGGAGGAGAUCUGUGUGCUCAGGGCCCAUCGAGACGAGAUCCAGCGCAAGUAUGACGCCCUCAGAGACAGCUGUGCGGUGAUCACAGACCUGGAGGAGCAGCUGACCCAGCUAACUCAGGAGAACGCCGAGCUGAACCGUCAGAACUUCUACCUGUCCAAACAGCUUGACGAAGCCACGGACGAAACGGAGGACCGUCUGCAGCUGGGCCAGGAUGUGGACCGGCUGCGCCGCGAAGUGGCAGACCGUGAGAUGCACCUUAACAACCAGAAGCAGAACAUCGAGACGCUGAAGACCACAUGCACCAUGCUGGAGGAGCAGGUUGUGGAGCUGGAGACCCUGAACGAUGAGCUGCUGGAGAAGGAGAGGCAGUGGGAGGCCUGGAGGGGAGCUCUGGAGGACGAGAAGAACCAGGCAGAGAGGAGGACCAGAGAGAUCCAGAGACUACUGGACAAUGAGAAGCAGAACAGGGUACGUGCAGACCAACGCAAUUCAGAGGCCCGCCAGUCCAUUGAACAGGCGGUCAAGGAGCACAAGGCUGAGAUCCAGGCUCUGCAACAGGCCCUCAAGGACCAGAAACUCAAAGCAGAAAGCCUGUCAGACACGCUGAAUGACCUGGAAAAGAAGCACGCCAUGCUGGAGAUGAAUGCCAGGAGCCUGCAGCAGAAGCUGGAGAGCGAGAGGGAGCUGAAGCAGAGGCUGCUGGAUGAUCAAGCGAACCUGCAGCAGCAGAUGGACGUUCAGAAGAGCCACAUCUUCCGUCUGACCCAGGGGCUGCAGGACGCUCUAGACCAGACGGACCUGCUGAAGACCGAGAGGACCGACCUGGAGUACCAGCUGGAGAACCUCCAGCUCCACCUGCAGGCUGUGUACUCCCAUGAGAAAGUGAAGUUGGAGGGGACCAUCACCCAGCAGUCCAAACUCAUAGACUUCCUCCAGGCCAGGGUGGAUCAGGGAGGCUCCAAGAAGAAAAAGGGUCUGUUUGGGCGGCGUAGGGAGGACCUCCUGGCAGCCAUGGCGGCUCAGGGCCAAACCCAGGUACCCCAGCAGGUGUCCCCGGUUUCCGUUCAGCCGGUGCCUCUGCAGUACAGCGACAUGAAGGUGGCCCUGGACAAGGAGCGCUCGCGCUGCUCUGAGCUGGAGGAGGCGCUGCAGAAGAUGAGACAGGAACUACGCUCCCUACGGGACGAGGCGGCCAAGUACAAGCCUCUGGAGCACAGCAGUACCCCUGCCACCUCGGGCUCAGCGCGCCAGCAGAUGAUGAUCUCUGCCAUGGUGAAGUCUCCGGAGCACCAGCAGGGCCCGAGCAGCCUGCUGGCCACCUCCAACUCCGGCCGCAGGAAAGAGGCUGCCACCCCAGAGGAGAGAAGGAGGGUCACUUUUGAAAAAUACAGCCAUCGUAUGAAGGACAGCCAGAGAGACAGGGACCGGGAGAGGGGGAGGCAGAGGGAGACCCUCCACCACAACACCCCUCAUCGCUUCACCGUGGGGCUCAACAUGAGGGCUGCCAAGUGUACUGUGUGCCUGGACACGGUGCACUUCGGUCGCCAGGCGGCCACAUGUAUCGAAUGUCAUGCUUUGUGCCACCCAAAGUGUUCCCCCUGCCUCCCCGCUCCAUGCGGUCUGCCCGGGGACUGUGCUCUGCACAUGGCUGAGGGGCUGUGCCGGGACAAAGGCAGUUCCACUGGCCUGCAGCUCAAAGAGGCCAGCGGACACGUGCGACUGGAGGGCUGGAUGAAGCAGCCCAGGAAUGGGAAGCGUGGCCAGGGCUGGGACAGGAAGUAUGUGGUGCUGGAUGGAACCAAGGUGACCAUCUACGAGACAGAACCCAGAGAAGAUUCGGUGAAGCCACUGGAGGAGUUUGAACUGUGUCUGUCUGAUGGAGAGGUGAUGGUACAUGGGGCCGUCGGAGCGUCUGAGCUGCCCAAUACUGCCAAGUCAGAUGUGCCAUAUGUGCUGAAGCUGGAGUCCCACCCCCACACAUCGUGCUGGCCUGGACAGACUCAGUACUUCAUGGCUCCCAGUUUCCCAGACAAGCAGCGCUGGGUGGCUGUGCUGGAGUCUGUGGUGGCAGGAACUAGAGCAUCCCGAGAGAAGGCAGAGGCAGACGCAGCUGCUGUGUCCAAAAGACAGAUGGCUCUGUCUCCUCUGGUCCAGAAACUGCUUGGGAACUCUCUGCUGAAGCUGGAGGGGGAUGACCGGCUUGACAUCAACUGUACACUCCCCCUCACGGACCAGAUAGUGUUGGUGGGCUCUGAGGAGGGCCUGUACGCCCUCAACGUCAUCAAGAACUCCCUGACCCACAUCCCUGGCCUGGGCUCCGUCUUUCAGAUCCACAUCAUGAAGGAGCACGAGAAGCUGCUGAUGAUCGUUGGGGAUGAGAGGGCGUUGUGUCUGGUGGAGAUUAAAAAGGUGAAGCAGUCUUUGGCCCAGUCCCACCUGCCCGCCCAGUCUGAACUGGCACCUUUUAUCUUUGAGACAGUCAAGGGCUGCCACCUGUUCUCUGCAGGCAGGAUAGAUAAUGGACCUUGUAUCUGCGCUGCAAUGCCUAACAAGAUAACAAUUCUCCGUUACAACGACAAUCUCAACAAGUUCUGCAUUCGCAAGGAGAUAGAAACCCUGGAGCCCUGCAGCUGCAUCCACAUGACCAGCUACAGCAUCAUCAUCGGCACCAACAAGUUCUAUGAGAUCGAGAUGAAGCAGUACGUGCUGGAGGAGUUCCUGGAUAAGAACGACGUGUCACUGGCCUCGGCGGUGUUCGCCGCCUCCUCCCACAGCUUCCCCAUCUCCAUCAUGCAGGUCACCUGCACACUGCAGAAGGAGGAGUACCUGCUCUGCUUCCACGAGUUUGGAGUGUUUGUGGACGCAUACGGGCGAAGGAGCCGGACUGAGGAAAUGAAGUGGAGCCGUCUACCUCUGGCCUUCGCUUACAGAGAGCCCUACCUGUUUGUGACCUACUUCAACUCCUUAGACGUGAUCGAAGUUCAAGGACAUGCUUCACUGGGCCCUCCAGUGUUAGUCCACUUGGACAUACCGAACCCCCGUUACCUGGGUCCAGCCAUCUCUUCCGGGGCUAUCUACCUGGCCUCAACCUACCAGAACAAGCUUCGGGUCAUCUGUUGUAAGGGCAACCUGGUCCGGGAGUCUGGGGAGCUGCAGAGGACUGGCUCCAGCCGCGGCAGCCCGAGUAAGAGAGGUCCACCCACAUACACAGAGCACAUCUCCAAGCGCCUGGCCUCGGGCCCUGGCAGCCAUGACGGGCUUCACCGUGAGCCCAGCACGCCGCACCGCUACCGCGAGGGCCGCACCGAGUUCCGGCGGGACAAGUCGCCAGCGCGUCCCCUGGACAGAGAGAAGUCCCCGGGGCCCAGACUGGACAGCCGCAGGGAGAGGUCCCCUGGGAGGUUUGACGACCGCCAACGCCUCCACACCGGGUCAGAACGUCGCACGCAACUCACCCCCGUCAACAAGGUGUGGGAUCAGUCAUCUGUGUGAGUAAUUCAAGCCGAGGUUAAUGAGAGGAACUAUCCGGGCCCCGGUCCACUCUGCACAUGGUUACGACAGCAUGGGGAGAGCAACCAGAAAACAAAGUCACCGCCAUUGCCUGUACAUAGUGCAAUCUCGAUUAAUUUACUAAGACAUACAGUGUUGCACUGGGGACAUUUCCUUUGACAAUCUUCUUUCUGAUAUGUGUAUUCAUAGCUGAGGUCCCGAGGCAGAAGUUGUUCAACAGAGCAACGUUGGCAGGGGAAACCUUGUGGAGCCAAUGGUCCAGGAUAGAAUAUUUAUAAGUACUACAUCUGAGUUGUAAAUAUUGUCGCUCCAGUUUUUAUAGAUGAAAGGGAAUAGUAGGCUGGGAAGGCCAAGUCUAUAUUUUUUAAGGAAGCGUUUCUAACGAUGUUGCAGGGAGAGAAAUCCAAAUCUCUAAAUCUUAUCAUCCCAGAUACAAUACUGUAGUUUUUGCUUUUCUAUAGAUGGUCAAUCAUGCCAACAUUCACUCGCUCAUGUACAAAUAAAGAACUGGGUUUGGAGAAGGCAAUGCACACAAGCUUUUAACUUUGCACUUAUUUCGAAAAGGUUUCCAAAUUUGUUGUUUCUACAUGACCAGUCUUUUUGGAUCAACUUAGUUGACUUUGAUAUGUAAUUGCAUAUGAUUGCUUAAUAACAGUUAUUGUCAUAGUUUCUAACAGACAAAAAUCAUGUUUUGCUACAUGUAUUCCUUGUGUUGUUAAGUAUACCCAAAAUCAAUAAUAAGCCUAUAAGCUUUGUCUAUCAUUUGAAACAGUUGGAGUCUGCUGCCUGCGGCUGCUUAUUGUGGUGCAGGUGUCCUGUUGUUCUGUGCAGUGAGCUAUCUAUGAAGUCCAGUAAUGGUCGGGGUUCGUCACUAUUAUCGCUUCCUUCUCAAACAAUAAAUUUUUUUUAAAAAACACGGAAAUCUGUCACAUCGGAGCAUGAGUAAUUCACAGCAGCAGUUGUGCAUUUUUAACCUACAUUUUUGGGUUGUGUUCUUCUGUCAUGUAGUCACAUAAUUUUGUAAACAUCGAUGCAAUACAAAAUGUUUUCUUGAUUUGUGAAAAUGUACACAUACAUUAAACAUGAUUGAGCUACCCUG